AUGGACUACAGCUAUCAGACAGCUCUUCUUCUUCAGCUACCAGUGGAAUUGAUAUACAUGGUAUUGGAUAUUCUACGCCCCCAUGAGAAGUCCAUCCUUGCGCAGACCUGCCGCUGUCUGCGUGUUAUCGCCUAUUCCAAAUCAGUGGCCACAUAUGACCUCCCAGACGACGAAGCGUUCGAUUAUUUACGCUGCAUAACGCACAACGACCCCGGAACAUGGGUCUGUGCAUUCUGCACCCAGCUACACGCUGUAACAGAGGACCACCUCUCAGAGGAGUGGUGGAAUUCGUUCGCCUAUAAGAACGGCGUGUUCGAGAGUUUGGUACCGCUCUGGGACAGCUCCAUAUGCAGCGACGGGUACCGUCACGUUCAACUGUCGUUGAAAUACGACAGACUGUCUCCAAAUUCCAGCGAGUGCGGGGAGCGCCUCGCACGUCUACUCACUCCCUACAAUACCACGCCCAAAUUUCCCAUACUUCAAAGUGCUAUGCGUGGACACAUUCACGCGGUUCCGAAGGUCGUUCAAGGGAGGUUUAUUCUCAAAUCUACGUGGACGUUCCGCAAGGGGGACACCAUACUAAGGCCCGACAUCAUGGGGAUCAACGUUCACAUAUGUAACCAUCAAAGCUUCGGAAGAACCCGUCGCACACCCAGCACGUUGACGAAGGCGAUCAACAUGGCGUGUGAGAACCAAGGCGUCACAGUCCUAGGGAGCUGUGGAUCCUGCCAGACAGACUUUGCCAUUGAGUUCCGGAGUGCUUUUGUGGCCGAGGUAACGGCAUGGAAAGAUUUUGGGGGCGAAGUUUCGCCUCUCAGCGAUACCUGGAGGUUGAAUUUAUAUGGGGUCUGGGGUCUUCAUAUGAAAAAUAAGCAGCGAGGGAGAGUCCGAAAUUAUCUGGAGCUGCGCAUUGUAUACAAAGUAUUCUGUUAG